GGGAGGCGGAGAGUGACGCGGUUUGCGUCUGGAGCGGCUCCUUGGAGUCCACAGCAUCCACCGCCGGAGCCUCGCCUUCCUUUCUCCCUCUGCAGACACAACGAGACACAAAAAGAGAGGCAACCCCUAGACCACUGCGAAGGACCCAUCUGCACCAUGACCGAGACCACCAAGACCCACGUUAUCUUGCUCGCCUGCGGCAGCUUCAAUCCCAUCACCAAAGGGCACAUUCAGAUGUUUGAAAGAGCCAGGGAUUAUCUGCACAAAACUGGAAGGUUUAUUGUGAUUGGCGGGAUUGUCUCCCCUGUCCACGACUCCUAUGGAAAACAGGGCCUCGUGUCAAGCCGGCACCGUCUCAUCAUGUGUCAGCUGGCCGUCCAGAAUUCUGAUUGGAUCAGGGUGGACCCUUGGGAGUGCUACCAGGACACCUGGCAGACGACCUGCAGCGUGUUGGAACACCACCGGGACCUCAUGAAGAGGGUGACUGGCUGCAUCCUCUCCAAUGUCAACACACCUUCCAUGACACCUGUGAUCGGACAGCCACAAAACGAGACCCCCCAGCCCAUUUACCAGAACAGCAACGUGGCCACCAAGCCCACUGCAGCCAAGAUCUUGGGGAAGGUGGGAGAAAGCCUCAGCCGGAUCUGCUGUGUCCGCCCGCCGGUGGAGCGUUUCACCUUUGUAGAUGAGAAUGCCAAUCUGGGCACGGUGAUGCGGUAUGAAGAGAUUGAGCUGCGGAUCCUGCUGCUGUGUGGUAGUGACCUGCUGGAGUCCUUCUGCAUCCCAGGGCUCUGGAACGAGGCAGAUAUGGAGGUGAUUGUUGGUGACUUUGGGAUUGUGGUGGUGCCCCGGGAUGCAGCCGACACAGACCGAAUCAUGAAUCACUCCUCAAUACUCCGCAAAUACAAAAACAACAUCAUGGUGGUGAAGGAUGACGUCAACCAUCCCAUGUCUGUUGUCAGCUCAACCAAGAGCAGGCUGGCCCUGCAGCAUGGGGACGGCCAUGUUGUGGAUUACCUGUCCCAGCCGGUCAUCGACUACAUCCUCAAAAGCCAGCUGUACAUCAAUGCCUCCGGCUAGCAGCUACACAGUGCUCGGCUCCACUCUCCCCUCGUCCUCCGGCAACACAAUGGCCCCUCCAUCUUUGUCAGCCCCCUGUUUCUCUCCUGCCUCUCUGUUUCUCCAUCUCCUCGUCUUGACUGUUUUCCCUACUUGCUGACUUAACCCCCCAUAGUGUGGGGGACCUGCAGAGAACCAUGGCAUUCCCUAUUCCACAGUCAUCUUUGGACAGACUUUCCUCUAGUCUCCGGGUUGGGGGUGGGUGAGGGAAUGGGGUGGGAGUCGGGGGAAGUGCAGUCCUUGGAGAUGUACUGGUGUCCGUCUCCCAGCAUGCUCUAGAGAGGCAGCUCUGGUGCCCAUCCUCCCAGCAUGCUCUGGGGAGGCGGCUCUGGUGCCCAUCCUCCCAGCAUGCUCUAGAGAGGCGGCUCUGGUGCCCCUCCUCCCAGCAUGCUCUGGGGAGGCGGCUCUGGCUCUCGCCUUCCCAGCAUGCCCUUUACUACAAAGGGCUAUUUUUCUUUUCUUUUAUUUAUUUAUUUUUCUUUGUUCACUCCCUGUAGAACUUGGAUGAAAUCAGUGUCCAUGGUUCUUUAUGUUUGUAGUCUUGAUGUGCUCCUGUGGUAUUACUUCCCCUCUGAUAGGACAUUGUAGCCAGCCUCAGCACUCAGUGAGUUCAUCAGGGCCACACCCAGUAGAGAAGGCCAAGCAACCUCCACUUCUUCAGCACCACACACACGCACACACACACACACACGCACACAUGCGUGUGCACCCACGCACGCACAUACACACACACAUAUAGCAGUAGCAGCAGCAGCAGCAGCAGCAACCUUUGAUCAGGAGUGAGAUUUUCGGGUUCUGAAACCUGGGACACGAGUCUGGGAAUAGUCGGUUUUCUCAGAAUAAUUUGAAUCUGUUUUCUUAGUUUCAAAUGACCAUUUCCCUGAUGCUCUGAGCUUAUGAUCACACAGAGCCAGUCCAUCCUCAUUUCCUGGUGGCAUCUGUUCAUUUACUUAUGUGGACUGUAGCUGAUGGCACAGUGCGGGUUCCCUACCAGCCAGGGGUUUCCAAGGGACCUUUGGAGGCCAUGCUUAGACACAUUCCUGUACCUGAGAACAACCACAUAGGCAGGACCAGAUCCACAUCGUGCAGUCGUGUCAUAAAAAAACAAAACAAAACAAAAAAACGCUAGGAGUCCACUCAACCCUGGAGGUCUUUGCUAAUUGGAAUUAUGUAUUGUCUGUUGGGCUGGGAAAUGUCUCUUUCAUAUUGUAAGUCCAGGAUGAACUAGGAGAAAGCAAUUUGUUGCCCUGAUGAUAACUGAUGAUUUUCACCCUCUCUAGCUGAGGUAACUCAGACAGUGCAUGAGGUCAGUUUCUUCUUGAGAAGCAGUGCCUUGGUCUUGUUUCUGUGGUUGGUUCUAGCCCCUGCAGAGCCUGGGAGCUGCAGGAACUGUCUGAGAAAAUCUCCCUAAUAGGGGAGUGGGUUCCCAGAAGGGAGAUCUGGGAGGGGUCAGGAGCCACUAAGUUGUUUCACUCCUUUUUUCUCUAAUUUUCUACCUUCCUCUCUGUUCCUGCAGACAGUUCUGCCAGCUUUGCUUCUGGUUACUAGGGUCUCAUGCGUGUCCUGCUUGGAGAGCCAUAAGGAAAUUGCUGUCUUGUGCUUUGUGUCUCUCAUCCAGUCUCUGGCUCUUGGGAUUCUGGUCUUUGAGAAAUAGUCCCUGAGUAUUAGGAUACUUUUAUCAAAAUCUAGUACAAGCUACGGCCAGAAGGGGCCAGGUGGGACCUGAAAGCAAAGACAAUGUUCUUUACCACACGUUUCACAUCUGCAACAUCCUUCAAUUGUGGGAAAAGGAACUUGAUUUAACAGAAGAACAUGGUAGAGCAGCAUCCAGAAAGUCUGUUAUUCCUCUUGGAUUUUUUGAAAUAAUCUUCAGAGGAAGGAAGGAAAAUCCUAUUUUGGGGUAUCAGUGUUUGACUAGGGAUCAUGAAAUAAUAAACUGAAAAAAACUUUAGAGUUCAGUUGAUCCAACACUUUCCUUUAAAAGUUGAGGGAGCAGAGGCCCAUGGGAUUAAAUGGCUGGUCCAGGUCAGCCAGCAGGUGUAGGGCCUGACAAGAAGAUAUUGUUUCCCUGACCCCUAGGCCGUCACACCACACCCUCCAUUUCCUCAUGUUGCUGACCAGGUGCCCAUAUGAUUUCUACACUUCCCAAGCCUUACCCUGGCAUCUUUCUUUUAAAUUAUAUCUGUCCCAGGUGCUCUCCACACAUAGGAUGGUAAUGCCAGUCCCAGGGGAGGGUGUGAUAGUAAGGAAGGCCACUGUUAGGUUUCCUUUAGAAAUAAAGAGAUCUCAGCAGCUUGGAAGAAAUCCCAGAAGCGGACUCCAUCAAUCCAAGAAAGAGUUGCUUUGUGGAAGGUGAAGGAAGACCCACAGAGUGCUCAGGAUGAUGCUAUUGCUGGAGAGCGAAAGAUGGAACAGCCUUGUCCAGGCAGAACAGUCAUAAGCCAGGAAAUGAAACAAAGGAAAACAGGUGCCUGAAUUUCCUGGGGAAACAUGGCUUGUUUAAGGACUUGGAGUUAUGGAUGGAAUUUAUGGGACCCACGUGAGCAGACCUGAGGAAGGCUCGAUUUCUUUUGUUUCUUGGUCCACUCUGUCACUCUGCUCUGGUCAAGCCCCAUUUGGUCUACAGCCCAUGAGAAGGAAUGAGGCUGAUUCUGCACCCUCAGCAUGCAGUCCGAAAGCAUGUGGGAGUGGGGAGGGAAAGUGAGAUGAAUUAAGACAAAGAACAGGUGCCAUAGAAGUAGAUUUCUAGGAAUGAAGUGGGGCAGAUCUUAUCUUUGUGGAUUACAGGCACUGUACUAAAAACAGGUUUCCUAUUUAAUAUAAGAAGAAAGUGAAUCUUCUUUUGGAUAGAAUCAUCCAUUCCCAUCGCCGCACCCCCUACCCCCCCCCCCCCCACACACACACGCCCUACUCUUCAUUUGCUAGGGGAAGGUCACAGCACAACUAAAUCCAGGACAGGACAUUGUGACCAUGACCCAGCCACAGUCAAUACCAGAAAGAUGAUUCAGAGUCUGAAGUGGUGCCCCAGGUGCCAACAGGAUAACCUCUACCCCCCGACUUUGUCUCUGGGGUCCUGUUCCUUCCUGCAAAGCCCAAUCCAAGACUGGCAUGGCUCAGAGGUUGUGAGAAAGGCAUGGACUGGAACAAUCAUGUCCAGAGGGGUCUGGAGCUUUGUUUCCUGUCCACCAGCAAAAAAUGUCUCUCCCAUUUUUCUGAAAGUGGCUGAUG